AAAGAAUUCAGCGAGUGCUUGAGAUGAACAAACUGCGCCUCUGUCGCCCUCCUUUAACUUCGGCUUUAACUGAAACUAACCAAUCAGGGCGCUGAGUUCGCUUGAUUGACAGGCGCUAUAUGUGCGAUGCGAUCAGCCGCGCACAGAUUCAAGGCAAAGCAGAGCUGCUUACUACAAGCUGUUGAGCAUUUGUCAGCAACUGGUGUCUCAAAAGAAGUUCUCUCUCUCCCUCUCACACAAACUGUCUUUCGAGACGCGUAUAAUGCGCGAGCUCGUUAAGCGUCAGUUUAAUGUUUCCCUCUUGCGCUUCAGCGGGCGCGCGAACUCGCUCUCUGCUGUCAAAACACGCGGCUGAAACAUAACGCGCUCAAAACACGCACUAAGUCGUUCGCCGUUAAAAAAUUCAACACAUGUCGCCGCUAUGAGCGGCACAACAGAGCUCCGCUGUGUUUCUAGACUAAUGUAGUCGGGUUUGUUAUGUAGGUCAGGCCAGGCUUAAGCAGCUUUACUGAACCUGCGUCAGCUUAAGCUAAAAGGAAUUCCAGCAAAGCCCUCCCCGGGUAGGCGUGGGCCUAAUCGAGGCUGGCCUAGUUAAGCCUGAUUCUUUUUCUUACGUCUGUGCGCUUGAGAGCCAGUUUGUGCAUGUGUGUGUUGUUUAACUGAGACAAGCAGUGCAGCAGCCUGCGCACAUAAGUGAACAGAGAAAAGAGGAGAAGGAGAUCAAACCUAGAGCACUGAGACCAGCCUAAAAGCAGGAUGUCUACCUUAUUCAUGACAAACAGCAUGGUUGGCAAGGCUCGCUCCUCUAACUUCACCCUGUCUGAGAAACUGGAUCUUCUGCGGCUGGUCCAACCUCACAUAAGAAUUCUAGAGGAGCACACCAACAAACACGCUGUAAUCGUGGAUAAGAACCGGUGCUGGGACAGCAUAGCAGAACGCUAUAAUGGUUUUGGAGGCGAGAGGCCCCCCAGAACGGCCCAGGGCCUUCGGACCCUCUAUAAACGACUUAAAGAAAGUGCCAAGCAGGAAGUUCUUCAGCGAAGCCACGCCCAGCCUGAGUACCGGGGCAGCAUCUCGGAGCCAACCAAGCGCAUCUUGGAAAUGAUUCCUCAGCUGUUUCACGUAGGGGACAAAGAGCCCAGCACACUCCACAGGCUUCAGUUCAAAAGAAACUCGCCAGUAGAGCAGCCGGGCAGCAGUCUGUCCAUCCCAGCGCUGUCCGACUAUCCUCCAGUCACAGCUGUGCGGGUGGAGACUGAGGAUGUGAAACCGCCUCCGGAUAUCCACCUGAUAACAUCCCAUGGAUCACCCAUCACCAUCGCCACCCCGAGCAGCCAAGCCCACCACGGCCAGAACGAAAGAGACAGUGAAGUAGUGGAAGACGAGGUAGAUGAGGAGGAAGAGGAAUUGGCCUCCCAUGUUUAUGCUGCCUCUCUUUCUCCGUGCCCGUCCUCCGUACACCUGCCACCCUCACCGCUGGCACACGGGCACAGGAGGAGCGCAUAUCAGCGGGCGAGGACAGCAUUCAAGGACCCUGCUUUUGAGGCAGAGGCUUUACAGAUGAUGCGAGAGGAGCACGAGUUGCUUCUGGCCAAUCAUAGGAAGCUUGGUUUAUAUAUAGAGGAGAAGAGGGAGGGGCUUAAAAGAAAGCAGCAGCUGGAGGAGGAGCUACUCCGGUCAAGAGUUAAAGUGGAGAAACUGAGAGCUGCCAGGCUGCGGCAAGGAUUGCCAUUGAUGUGAUUUUGUACACUGACUAACUUUUGAAAGUACAUCAUAAAGGGAGCCUUGUAAUGUUAAUUUAAAAUGCCGUUUGUACAGUUGUUUCUUGUUUGUACAGUUUUUUUUAAAGUUCAAUAUGAGGAUUGUUUGUGAUAUUUGUAGCAGAAGUGUAUGUUUUUAAUCUGUGGAUGAGAGAAUUCAGUUAGAUUUUAUAUGUGUUUGCUAAUAAAUUCAUAAAUGCUUUAACUUCUGUAGUUUGAGACUGACU